AUGGCUAGGCCCUGUGCUUUCGUGGUGGCCCUGGUGGUGAUGAGCUACUGGUCAACCUGCUCUCUAGGAUGUGACCUGCCUCAGGCACAUAACCUCAGAAACAAGAGAGCCUUGACACUCCUGGCACAGAUGAGGAGACUCUCCCCUCUCUCCUGCCUGAAGGACAGAAAGGACUUUGGAUUCCCUCUGGAGAAGGUGGAUGCCCAGCAGGUCCAGAAGACUCACGCCAUCCCUGUCCUGCAUGAGCUGACCCAGCAGCUCCUGACCCUCUUCAGCUCAGUGGCCUCAUCUGCUGCUUGGGAGGCAAGCCUCCUAGACACGCUCUGCACUGGCCUCCACCAGCAGCUCAGGGACCUGCAAGCCUGUCUGAUGCAGCAGAUGGAGGUGCAGGAACCUCCCCUGAGGCAGGAAGGCUCCCUGGGGGCUGUGAGGAAAUACUUCCAGAGGAUCACUGUCUACCUGAGAGAGAAGAAACACAGCCCCUGUGCCUGGGAGGUGGUGAGAGCAGAAGUCAGGAGAGCCCUGUCUUCCUCAGCCAACUGGAUGGCAAGACUGAGAGAGGAGGAGCGAGUCAUGAGCCAACGUGAAUAG